AUGUCUUUCUACUUUGAUUCAAGAGAGUGGAUGGAUCAAAGGAUUGAUCCUCAGAGUAAUUCUGUUUCAGAAGUGUUUCUUGGAGGCAUCAAUGCAUUUCUUCAAUUUGCGUGUAAUCAAGCCAAUUAUGAAGAGCGGCAAACAUUAUUGUGUCCGUGUACUCGAUGCAAAAAUGUGAAGCAACGAGAUGCAAAAGUUGUUUCAAGACAUCUAUUCUUAUACGGUUUUAAGGGAAAUUAUUAUGUUUGGACAAGUCAUGGAGAGAAAUUCUACACUGUUGGUGAGAGUUCUGGAGCGAAUCAUUCAACGGGUGAAGAAGAAAUGUGGGAAAAUCCUACUUGGAAUGCUCAUGAAGAUCACUACCAGGAUAAUUUAGAAGUACCAGCGGACAUUGCGCCACCAUACAUACCAGCGGACAUUGCACCACCAGCAGAGACGGAUGUGGCAGAGCCAUAUCGUGACAAUGUUUUUGAAGCAUUUGAAGCUGCCAGUCAACCUCUCUACGAAGGGUGUGCAGACGGAAUAAGUCAGUUGUCUCUUGCUUCGCGGAUGUUGAAAAUGAAGACGGAUUAUAAUUUGGCGGAAACUUGUGUAGAUGAGAUAUCUGAAGUAUUUAAAACAAUGCUUCCGCAGCCGAAUAAUGCUCCAGCAACAUACUACGAGACAAAGAAACUGACACGAGGGCUUGGUUUACCCGUUCAGAAGAUUGAUGUUUGUGUGAAGAAUUGUAUGCUAUUUUGGAAAGAAGAUGCGAAGUUGGUUAGUUGUAGGUUUUGUGGAGAAGAUCGCUACUAUCCGAACAAUGGAAAAGGAAAAAACAAGCCAAAGCAGAGAAUGUUGUACAUGCCUAUUGCAGAUCGUCUGAAACGUCUAUACCAACUUGAGGCGACAGCUUCCAUUAUGCGGUGGCAUAAGGAACAUGUGACUCCGGAAGGCGAAAUGCAUCACCCAUCUGAUGCUAUAGCGUGGAAACAUUUUAAUGAGGUAUAUCCUGGAUUUGCUGCUGAAAGCCGGAAUAUUUAUCUAUGCUUAUCGACCGAUGGAUUUAAUCCGAUUGGUAUGAAUGGGGAAGCACAUUCCCUUUGGCCCGUUAUUGUAACUCCAUACAAUUUACCGCCGGGAAUGUGUAUGAAAAGAGAAUUCCUUUACCUUUCGGUGCUAAUUCAUGGACCCAAACACCCAAGGAAAAGCUUAGAUAUUUACCUUCAACCAUUGAUUGAAGAAUUACAGAUGUUGUGGAGGGAUGGUGUGGAGGCAUAUGAUAUUUCAAUGAAAGAAAGAUUCAAAAUGCGAGCAGUUUUGAUGUGGACGAUAAGCGAUUUUCCAGCUUAUGGAAUGCUUUCAGAUCAUCCUUACCGGAAAAACACUCAAGCAUUUAGACGGGGAAAAACAGUUUUAGAUCCUCCUCCACCAUGGUUGACCGGAGAAGAAAUAUUGCGUGAAAGGAUAAAUAAUAUCGAAGGUUUAUCAUCAUCUGUGGAAUGUGGAGGGAAUGGACAUGAUAACCCAUCCAAGAUAAUAUCUGGAUAUGGAGUUACUUACAAUUGGGUAAAGAAGAGCAUCUUCUGGGAGUUACCGUAUUGGGAAAAUCAUCUUCUUCGGCAUAGCCUUGAUUUCAUGCAUAUUGAGAAAAACUUCUUCGACAACCUGACGAACACAUUGUUAAAUGCUCCUGGAAAGACGAAAGACAACAUCAAAAGCAGAUUGGAUCUUCCAGGACUAUGCAAAAGGUGGGAUUUAGAGAUGAAAGAGGAUGGAACGAUGCCUGUGCCAAUAUUCAGGCUGCCUAAUGCGGGAAAACGAGCAUUUCUUCUCUGGUUGAAAAAUGACAUAAAAUUUCCCGAUGGAUACGCCUCGAAAUUUAGUCGAUAUAUUGCCCUCUUCUUCCGAGAUAUCUCUUCGAAGAUUUUGAAAGAGUCAUAUGUUGGCCUAUUAAAGGCAAAUGUCGGUGUGAAGCUUUGUAACUUGGAAAAAAUAUUUCUUCCAUCGUUCUUCGAUGUUAUGGAACAUCUUCUUGUGCACCUCCCAGAUGAAGUAGCCUUAGGUGGUCCUGUCCAUUUUAGGUGGAUGUAUGUAUUUGAGAGAUACAUGUAUCAUUUGAAGCAGAUGGUCAAAAACAAAGCACAUAUUGCAGGUUCAAUAGUUGCACAAUGGAUAAAUGAGGAGAUUUCUAAUGCUUCCUCAAAUUUUUUUGGGCAUCCUGAAAUCAUGAGCAUUCCAGAAGGUCCGAAUGAUAUUCGUUUCACAUACAAUUAUCCGGAUGUACCCCCCUUGUUUUACCAUGAAGGGAGAAUUAGUGGUCAAUGCUCAACUGGUUGGUUGAAUGAUGAAGAUAACACUAUUCUUCAGACAUUUAUGAUGCUCAACUGUGAAACAUUUGCUCCAUAUGAAAGGAUGUUUGAAGAAUAUAUGACGUUAAAUGUUCCUGAUAUUACUCCAGUUGCAAUGCAAAAAGCGAAAGACACCAAAUUUGCUGAUUGGUGCAAGGACUACAUUAAUGAUGCGACUCAGUUUUACACAUUUCCUAUAUGGAUGUUGGAUUUUGUACAAGGUCCAAGGCGUAGUUACAGGUCUUGGCCAAUAUACCACACACGUGGAUACACUUUCCACACUCAUAACCAUGGUCAAAAUAAGAGAACUCAACAUUAUGGUGUAUGUGUACCUGGAACCAACGAGACAGACUACUAUGGUCUUGUACAAGAGAUCAUGAUGGUAGAGUAUCAUGGUGAUGUUGGCUUGAAAGUCAUGGUUUUUAAAUGUUCGUGGUUUGACAAGACAACAAAUCGCGGUAUGAGAAUACAUCCAUUUGGUCUUGUUGAUGUCUCACCACGAAGACAAUAUGCAAAAUAUGAUCCUUUUGUAUUACCAGGUAAUUGUGAUCAAGCAUGUUUUAUUUCUUAUCCACGGGUACGUCGACAGUCAGUCGAUGAUUGGUGGGCAUGCGCAAAAAUUAUUCCCCGAGGAAUCUGUGAAACACCAGAAAUUGCGUUAACGGCAUGGCAAGAUGAUAGACGUGAUCAAGUUGCUGAAAGUUCAUUGUUACGGGUGGAGACACAUGUUGUUGAUGAUGUGUCUGAUUAUGAUAUUGCUCCGGUGAAUCCUCCAAACGAUGAAUAUGUAUCUGAUGGUGAUGUAGAAGCAGACCGUGAUUCAGAUGAUGAUUCAGAAUAG